UUUCCCCAGCAAAAAGGUUUGUGAGUGGAGCAGGCGCCAAAGGUUCUAUGGCCCCAAGGCCCUGGAAAGAAGUCACUUACCAGAGUGUGUAGGCCCUUUAUCCAGAUCUCAAGUCUUCUAGCCCUUGGGAUCAGAACUUCCAGUUUCCUGGACCUGUCCUUUCAGCUUCUGCUCAAGCCUUGUUUUGGGGGCUACACUAAUCAGGAGUGAACUCACAGUUGGCCCACUAUGAACUGGAAGGUUCUCGAACAUGUGCCUGUGCUGCUAUAUAUCUUAGCAGCAAAAACACUGAUUCUCUGCCUAGCAUUUGCAGGAGUAAAAAUAUACCAGAGGAAGAGAUUGGAAGCAAAACAGCAAAAAUUGGAAGUUGAAAAGACAACACAAUCAGAGAAGAAAGAUAACUGAAGGGAACUUGAAGAUUUUGCUAUUUAAAUGUCAGCUUGUGUGGACUCCAGCUGAGAAGAAAGACAGUAAUUAUUGAAUGAUGCAUCAUAGGAUAAACUCCCAAUUUACAUGGUUAAGUUAAUGUGAAUUUUUGUAUAUUUUUAAAAGAACCAGUAUUUUUGUUUAUUGAAAUAAAAUACCUUUGUA